UCGCCAUGUCAGAAGCGCCAGAAUCGAUAGUCUCCACAAACAAGCGCAAGAGAAACGACUCCUCAAUCAGGGGCGGUAAUGCACGUCAAUGCCCCCAUUGCGGACGGACGUUCAAACGAACGGAGCACUUGUCACGGCAUGUGCGAACGCGUGAGUGCAAGUUGAGCAUGCUGCAAGACGAUUCACGUGUUUAUGUAAAGUGCAGANNCACCAAGGAAAAGCCCUUUUCUUGCGACUGCGGUGCUUCCUUUGGACGCCGAGAUUUGCUCACGCGACACCAGAGGGUGAGCGGGCAUGACCCGGGUGAAGCUCUACAUGGUGGUUCAGAGAUCGCGAUUGAGGCGCCUUCAAAUCCACCACAGUUACGUGAUGAAGACAGCCAUUCGCACGAGACGAUACGUGUAGCCGCGAUCAUAUCUGAUGUGCAGGAUGUCUCUCGCAAAAACUCACAGCCUCAGACUGAAAAAGUACUCCACCAAGCAGCCUUUGCGCCCGAGAAUGAGCAUCCACAGAGUACAAUGCAACCGAGAUUUUACGACGCCGCAUCUCUUCCAACACCGUUACCAGGCGUCAACGAUAUCAUGAACCCGAGUGAUGCUGCAUCAAACUUGGACCUGUCCAGCAUUGACCCAGACAUGCACUUUCGGGAUUUCGCCAGCUUCUUGGAUGGUGUUGGUUUGUGUGUUGACUGGAGCCCGAUACUCGAAAGACUGGAAGAACCUGCCGAUCCGACAAUGAUGAAAGAAUUUCAUCGGCCUACGCCUUCUAGUAUCGAUGUACGGACAAGGGCUGGAUCCCCAUUCAGCUCAUGGUUACCAUCAGCGCCCACCAAAGACAGAACGACUGAUAAUCCGAAUCCCGAUCGAGGCUUACCAGAGCAGAUNCCACGUGCUCUUGACCCUGAGGCUAGACGCUUCGAUGUGACAGAGGAGCAGCGCGUCAAGCUCGAGCACACGAUCAGUUCAUCACCGCAUAUCAUCGACUCAAUAUUCCGACUACCAUCGCGACACUCUCUGACUAGAUAUAUCAAAUCGUUCUUCGGUGGAUUCCAUCUACACAUGCCCUUCAUACAUGUUCCGACAUGGCGCCUGGAGGACCAUCCACUAGAGGUGAUAUUCGGUAUCGCUGCCAUUGGUGCGCAGUAUUGCUUUGAGAAACGCGCGGCGGAGCAACUGUUCUUUGCUGGAAAGGCGCUUGUUAUGCACAAGCUUGCUGGCUCAUCAGAGACUGGCGAUUCUCGUAUAUUCUCAGACAUGAUUGGAAGCGACGCGAAUCAGGUUACUGGCAUGCUCAAAAAGACUUCAUCCAUUGAGACCAUCAGGGCUUUGCUUACCCUCAUGGGAUAUGCGACGUGGGAUCCGAAACCCGCAAUGGUGCGUCAAUCUUUUGCUCUCCAAGAAACUCUUACCCAUAAUGAAGUAGGUCUUCGUUUACCUUGCUCUACCUUGGAGUGGAAUGCUCCAUCGGCUAUGAUGUGGGAUCAAGCAAGAAAAGCCGUUGCCAAACCACAGCUCUACUUCAAAGAAGCCUUGUCCUUACUGCUGGACCAAAAAAACGAGCCCGCCAGAUUGGAUCCAAUUCCAACGCCUUUGGGAAACUAUGUUCUACUCCAUGGACUGAUACAGAGGAUACACAUUGUCAGAGAUCUGAGUCUGCCUGUGAUGAGCGAUAUGGCAGCUCUUCCGCCCGAAGAAGUCGAGAAGCUAGAGCGUGGCUUGCGUUGCUGGACUUCAGGUUGGCAACAAGCACCAGAAUCAUCACUCGAUCCCAACAACGGCAACGGACCAAUCCCAUUCACUUCCAGUUCUCUGCUAGCCCUAGCCUACGCUCGUAUAUAUCUGAAUCUCGGCCCAUAUAGACAGCUACAAACCCGAGACCCACAACACAUUGCCAAAGCUCUCGCGAGAUGUCCAGAGAUCGACCGCAGCGAGGGAGUCAUUGCAGCGUUGCUAUAUUCUACACACAUGCUCGGUAUUCCGGUCAGAUUGGGCGUCGAUCGAGUUGCGAAAAGCCAGGCAUUCNNUUUUUGGAGUGUUAGGCACUCGCUUGCUAGCCUGGAUUGCGCUAUACUGUUGAGCAAAUGGCUGUCGAAUUUGACCCGUACUGCGGUGGCUCAUCCGCUGAAUGGUGAGCAUACUACUGGCAGUGUUGAUGAUCAUCUGCUGACUAUAAACCANGACAGUGAAGAAAGAAUAUUGUACUGGGUCAAGUGUAUCGUUGAAGAAGCAUAUGCUGUUGUUGACUUUGAUGAGCAGCCGCUGGAAGUCAUGGAUCUCAGCAGUCCUGCUAAUCUUGCAUUGGCUGUGCUGAAGAUAUGGGCACACUUCUUCCAGAGCAAUUCGCAGUGGCCGUUCAUCAACAUCAUCGGACAAGGAUUGGCUAUGUAUCGAAACCUACUGCUUCAGACGAGAACA